UCCCGGCGGGAAGGAGGAGAGGAGAAGGAAAAAGAAGAAGAAGAAGAAGAAGGCGGGGUUCUUCCCGCUAAGCCGGGCAGGAUGGACAAGUACGACGAUCUGGGUCUGGAAGCCAGCAAGUUCAUCGAGGACCUCAACAUGUACGAGGCCUCCAAGGACGGUCUCUUUCGGGUGGACAAAGGUGCCGGCAACAACCCCGAGUUCGAGGAGACCAGGCGGGUGUUCGCCACCAAGAUGGCCAAGAUCCACCUCCAGCAGCAGCAGCAGCAGCAGCAGGAGGAGAUGCUGAUGGCCGCGAUGAACGGAGGGGCUGCCGCCUUCCACCCCCCGCGUCCCAGCCCGCCGGUGGCGCGGGGUUCGAAGCCGCCCCCCGCCGCCGAGGGGCCGCGGGCGAGGCCCUGCGAGGGAGGGGAGCGGGGCUUCGGAGAGAGCGGCACACGUGCCGAGGCCCCGGGGAGCCAGGCCGGGCGCCGGGGCUGGGAAGCGGAGCCCGACAGGAUCCCCCGAGUGGGGGGCACACAGCCUGGCGUGGGGCGCGGGGAGCAGCAGGCUGGGAGCCUCGGCGACCCCCAGCCCUGCCGUGGCGGGCAGGAGAACGGCGGCGAGGGCAGGCGAGGUGUCGGGGGCCGUGACCCGAUGCCAGCCGGACAGAGGUCCUCCUCCUUCUCAAACUCCGGAACCCCCUCGGCACCCUCGGUAGGGCCAGAGGAGCCCCCGCCACAGCAGAGGUCCUCAUCCUCCUCGGCACCCUCAGCGCAGCCCACUCGAGGGUUUUCAGGCUCCGCUGAGCCCUGCGGUCCCAAAGCCGGUGGAGACGGCAACCAGCCGUGGUACCAGGGUGUCUCGGUGUCCUUCCCGCCAGGCUCCGCACCUGCUGCUCCCAGCGUGGAAUACCAGCACGCCGCUGCCUACCCCAGCCCAGCCGGUCACUUCGUGGCCCACGGUCAGAACCACAGGCCUGCCGGCAGCAGCGGGAACGCUGAGGCGGGCUCCUCGCGCCUGGCCUCGCGAGGGAUGGUGGCUCCCAAUGCGCCGCAGAUGCUUUUCCCGGAGGGUGUGAGCGGGCCACGGUCAGACUCUGGGCACCUGGAUGGCUCCAGCACAGCAAAGGUGAAGCUGCCCUGCCAGACCCUCCUUCCGCAGCCAGAGCAAGGGCCGUCGGCGGCUGAGCUGAAGCUGGAGGCACUGACCCAGCGGCUGGAGCAGGAGAUGGAUGCUCGGCCAAAGGCUGAUUACUUUGGUACCUGCGUGAAGUGCAGCAAGGGCGUGUAUGGAGCAAACCAAGCUUGCCAAGCCAUGGGCAACCUCUACCAUGACAGCUGCUUCACCUGUGGAGCCUGCAGUCGAAAGCUGAGAGGAAAAGCCUUUUAUUUUGUCAAUGGAAAGGUGUUCUGUGAAGAAGACUUCCUGUAUUCUGGUUUCCAGCAGUCGGCUGACAGGUGUUUCAUUUGUGGUCAUUUGAUAAUGGACAUGAUCCUGCAGGCUCUAGGGAAAUCAUAUCAUCCAGGCUGCUUCCGAUGCGUUAUCUGCAACGAGUGUCUGGACGGUGUGCCAUUCACUGUAGACUCUGAAAACAAAAUCUACUGUGUCAGAGAUUACCACAAAGUUUUAGCUCCAAAGUGUGCAGCAUGUGGACUUCCCAUUCUGCCCUCUGAGGGGUCUGAUGAGACCAUUCGGGUUGUGUCCAUGGACAAGGAUUACCAUGUGGAAUGUUAUCACUGCGAGGACUGUGGAAUGGAACUGAACGAUGAAGACGGGCAUCGCUGCUACCCACUGGAUGAACAUUUGCUUUGUCACUCCUGUCACCUGAAACACAUAGAGAAUGGCACAACCCCAGCAGCUGCCUACCAGCACCACUACUAGUCGCCAUGGCCAGUGUUGGAAAGCUAGGACAGAAGACUUGUUACAUGAUCUCCCUCUCCCACCUUCAGCUGAUUUCCUGUGCAUGUUUUUUUUGCCAGUCAGCAAUGUUCCUGUCAAAGGAUAUGAGAGAUUUUUGCUGGAUUCACCAAGUUUGUAUGCUUGUGGGUUUAAGCUGCAUCAAACCAUGUCUACUUGACCAAGAACAUGGCAUGUUACCUAAA